UUUCUGCUCACGUGACUGGCAGCAGUAGAUGGAGAAGGUCCGUACUGGUAUAAAUGAACUCCAGCCGUUAUACAGAGUUUUUUUUAUUAUUAUUAAAGUGACACUGCUGUUCUAAAGGAGUCCGGGCUACAAAGUAGCUUUGACAAUUAACGAGCAUGGCAGAACAGGCAUUUGUCACUCUGGCCACAAACGACAGCUAUGCGAGAGGAGCUAUGGUGCUUGGAAAAUCUCUUAGAAACCACAAGACUUCAAAAAAGCUGGUGGUGCUCAUUGGACCCCAUGUGUCCGAUCAGUCAAGGGCAGUUCUUCAUAAGAUCUUCGAUGAAGUUAGGCUAGUGGAUGUGUUGGACAGUGGGGACACAGCACACUUGGCCAUGAUGAAGAGACCUGAUCUGGGUGUUACUUUCACCAAGCUGCACUGCUGGACUCUCACACAUUAUUCCAAAUGUGUGUUUAUGGAUGCAGACACACUGGUGUUAUCAAACAUCGAUGAGCUGUUUGACAGAGAAGAGCUGUCUGCGGCUCCAGACCCCGGCUGGCCUGAUUGUUUUAACUCUGGUGUGUUCGUGUUUCGUCCGUCUAACGAAACCUACGGCAAGCUUCUGCAGUAUUGCACAGAGCACGGCAGCUUUGACGGAGGAGACCAAGGAGUUCUGAAUGGCUUCUUCAGCGACUGGGCAACAGCUGACAUCAACAAACACCUUCCUUUCAUCUAUAACAUGAGCAGCAUAGCCAUCUACACAUACCUUCCUGCGUUAAAACAAUAUGGUGCAAAUGCAAAGGUUGUGCACUUUCUGGGCCAGAUGAAGCCGUGGAGCUACGUGUAUAACCCCACGCAGAGGAGAGUGAGAGGGGACGUGCAGGCCUCGUCUCAGCGUGGCUUCCUGCUACAGUGGUGGGCUCUGUACAGCGCCGAGGUGCUGCCCAUGCUGGUCCGAGAGUAUGGAGACCAGCCCUUCAACACCGGCUGUGAGGAGGAAGCUGUGGAAAGCGAGGAGCGUGUUCAGCCGCUCGUGUCCUCAGCGGAGCGCAGGCAGCGGUGGGAACAGGGCCAGGCCGACUACAUGGGAAUAGACUCUUUUGACAACAUUCAGAAAAAGCUUGAUGUUUUCCUGAAAUAAAAAAUGUAAAUGUCAAAAAACACAAAUUUGAGAGGGUAUUCAGCUAUGCAAGACUCUCUUAUCACACUCUUCAUCUUCCUCAUUCAAGCAUUUAUUACUAGAUGCCAGAACUUAACUUUUGAACCUCGUGCAAAAUGUGAAUUCUGAAGGGCUUGGCAACUUCAGGAUUUUAUAAAGGGAGUUUGGGGCCAGCUUUCUCUUUCACAUGCUCAGAGUUUCCAUGGUUUAAAGACGCAUUCGCAGUCAUUUUUUUGGACUUACACUGACACCUAGUGGUCUAGAAGAUUCCUAAUCAUGCAAUAGGAAGAGUGUUCAGUCACCACUGCCAAUGUACAAACUCUGUUUACAAUGAUAAAUAUAUUUUACAUACAAAAGUCCAGGAAUGGGGUUCCUGAGAAACCCAGCUACUUCUGCUGGUAUUGAGAUGACAUGUUCAGUGUACACAAAACAGCUUUUAUUAGUCUACUGGUGUAAUGGAGUGAGUUUUAUCUCAUGUGUACAUGACUUUAAACAUUCAAAACAAUCAUUUUCAUUUCAUUUACUGAGCAAAAAAUAACUGUACCUUUAACUAGAGCACAUCAUGUUGCCAGUUCCAGCACUUUUAAAUAAAAAUAUUCAUACUUUUUUUUUCUUUUUUUUAAUGAAGAAAAUAAAAUUCAGAAUUAUUUUUUAAUUCUAAUUUGGAAAACAAAAGCUUCUCUUUAUAUCCACCUGUUAAAAUCAGGUUAAAUGCAGAGCACAGAUUCCCAUCGUCUUAAUGUUUUACUUAUUAAAGGCAUAAUGAUCUCUUGAAUAUCAAAUUUGGUUGAUCUAAUGCUUCAUCACAACAUGUUCACAUGUUGUUCUCUGGUUUACAACGGGUUGCUGCUGUUUUCUCAUUGUGCCAUCUAUCAUCACAUGUCUUCUUUUUUACGUCUUUGUCUGUUUUUCUUUUGUCUUUUUGUAUCUCUGUUUUAUUUGAUUCAGUGUUAAAGGCCUUUGUCCCGUCUGGCUACAAAUUAAAACUUUCAAAAUGA